AUGCUGGCCGCAGGGCUGCUCACAGUUCGGGGCCUGGGCGCAUUCCCCUGCGCCGCCGGUCCGUCACGUCGCCCCAAGGGCGGCAACAGGCGCUGCACCCGGGCACCCGUUUCCUUCAAGGACCCUAAGGAGAGCAAGACGGAGGACAAGCCUGCUGAUGCCAAGCCCCUGUCUCCCGGAGAUAUCCUCAAGGGCAUCCAGCCCACCAACGGCACCAAAGGGAGCAAUGGCAGCGGCGCGAAAAGCGCGACCGCCAGCGCCGCUGCCGCGGAGAAGGAGCAAGUGGACCUCAAGGCAGUGCUCGCCGCGGCCAAAGCUGCGCAGGCAGAGUAUUCAACCUUCACGCAGGAGCAGGUGGACAAGAUCUUCAAGGCAGCCGCGCUUGCCGCCAACUCCGCACGCAUCCCGCUCGCCAAAAUGGCGGUGGAGGAGACGGGCAUGGGUGUUGUGGAGGACAAGGUCACCAAGAACCACUUCGCCUCUGAGUUUGUGUACAACAAGUACAAGAACGAGAAGACGUGCGGCGUGAUUGAGGAGGAUCCGUCUGGCGGCGUGACCAAGGUCGCCGAGCCUGUUGGGGUCAUCGCAGGCAUCGGUGAGUUCCGAGCGGCUGGCGUCACGCAGCGGACUGCUGGCUGGCCGGUGCCCACAACCAACCCCACCUCCACUGCAAUCUUCAAGGCCCUGCUCACCCUCAAGACCCGCAACGCGCUCAUCCUGUGCCCCCACCCGCGCGCCACCAAGUGCACCGCCGCCGCCGCCAGGAUCGUGCGGGACGCGGCCGAGGCGGCGGGCUGCCCGCCGGGCGUCAUCUCCUGGAUAGACUCCCCCUCCCUGCCCAUCACACAGGCGGUGAUGUCGGCACAGGAGGUGUCGCUGGUGCUGGCCACGGGCGGGCCCUCCAUGGUGCGUGCCGCCUACUCGUCCGGCCACCCCGCGCUAGGUGUGGGCGCGGGCAACACCCCUGCCGUCAUCGACGAGACCGCCGACACCUUUGACAAUGGCGUCAUCUGCGCCAGCGAGCAGAGCGUGGUGGUGGUGGAUGCGGUGUACGACAAGGUGGUGGCGGAGUUCAGCCGGCGGGGAGCCUACUUCCUGAAGCCCGAGGAGAAGGACCAGGUUCGCUCCAAGAUUUUCGUGAACGGUCGCCUCAAUGCCGACAUCGUGGGGCAGUCCGCCCAGAGGCUGGCCGAUCUGUUCGGCAUCACCGUCCCGUUCUGGACCAAGUGCAUCAUUGGAGAGGUGGAGGUGAUUGGCAAGGAGGAGCCCCUCAGCGAGGAGAAGCUGUGCCCGGUGCUGGCCAUGUACCGCGCCAGCGACUUUGAGGAUGCGGUGGACAAGGCCGCCCGCCUGGUCAACCUCUUCGGCCCCGGCCACACCAGCGUGCUGUACACCAACCCUCGCAACCGCAAGCAUAUCGACUACUUUGCCCGCGUUGUCAAGACCGUGCGCAUGCUGGUCAACACACCAGCCUCCCAGGGCGCCAUCGGCGACCUCUACAACUUCCAGCUGGACCCCUCCCUCACCCUGGGCUGCGGCUCCUGGGGCUCCACCUCCGUCUCCACCAACGUCGGCCCCCAGCACCUGCUCAACAUCAAGAGCGCCAUCGAGCGGCGCGAGAACAUGCUGUGGUUCCGCGUCCCUCCCAAGGUGUACUUCAAGGGCGGAUCCCUGGGCACCGGCCUGCUGGACCUCAAGGGCAAGCAGCGCGCCUUCAUCGUCACCGACAAGCCGCUGUUCGACCUGGGGUACGUGGACCGCGUGACUUCUGUGCUGGACAGCAUGGGCAUGCACCACCGCGUGUUUUACGACGUCGCCCCAGACCCCACCCGCACCUGCAUCGAGGCGGGGGUGGCAGAAAUCAACGAGUUCAGGCCCGAUGUGAUUAUCGCCCUGGGAGGCGGCUCUCCCAUGGAUGCUGCCAAGGUCAUGUGGCUGAUGUAUGAGGUCCCCGAUGUGGAGUUUGAGAGCCUUGCGGUUCGCUUCAUGGACAUCCGCAAAAGGGUCUACACGGUGCCUGAGCUGGGCAAGAAGGCGGACAUGGUGUGCGUGCCCACCACCUCUGGCACGGGCUCCGAGGUCACUCCCUUUGCGGUGGUGACCGACGACAAGACGGGACAGAAGUAUCCUCUGGCGGACUACGCCCUCACCCCCACCAUGGCCAUCGUGGACACGCACCUGGUGCUCAACAUGCCGCCCAAGCUGACGGCCUACGGCGGGCUGGACACCCUGACCCACGCCCUGGAGUCGUAUGUGUCCAUCUUCGCCACCCCCUACACCAAGGGCCUCAGCAAGGAGGCCACCGCGCUCAUCCUCAAGUACCUGCCCCGCGCCUACGCCAACGGCUCCGAGGACUACGAGGCCCGAGAGAACCUGGGCGCGCAGUUCCACGUGCCGCACGGCCUGGCCAACGCCGCCCUCAUCUCACACGUCAUCCGCUUCAACGCCACUGACAGGCCGCCCAAGCAGGCAGCGUUUCCACAGUACGAGUACCCGCGAGGCAAGGAGCGGUACGCUGAGCUGGCAGACAUGCUGGGCCUUGGCGGCGUCAAGCCCCGCGACAAGGUGGUGAAUCUGAUCCACGCUGUGGAGGGGCUCAAGGCGCAGUGCGGCGUGCCGCCCACGCUGCGCGAGAUCAUCGGCGCCGAAAGGGAAGCUGAGUACAUGGCGGCGCUGGAUGAGAUGGCGGAAAACGCGUUUGAUGAUCAGUGCACCGGCGCCAACCCACGCUUCCCGCGCAUCUCCGAGCUCAGGCAGAUGCUGAAGGAUGCCUGGGAGGCGCCCAUUGCCGACAGCCUGACUGCAGAGGCGGGCCUGGGGGCCACGCAGGUGCCCAUCCGGUAA